AUCUGCCACUUCCCACAAACGUGCCAGCCGCUCUCGACACAGCCCUCUCAAUGCCUCAGACCCGCGGCCAGAGACGCAGCGCCGACAUGGAAGCCGCUCUGAAAACCUUCUUUUCCGCCUCGCGCUUCGCCGUCGCAGGCGCCUCCUCAGACCCCUCCAAGUACGGCCACAAAGUGUUCGCAUGGUACCUCGCCCACGCCCUCCCCGUCUCUCCCCUCAACCCCCGCGUCCCCACCAUCUCCGUCGGCUCCACCACUUAUCCGACGACGCCCUCGCCCUCGGCCCUCGACGACGCCGCCUCCUACUCCCUCUCCAUCAUAACCCCGCCGGCCGUGACGAAGCAGGUCCUCCGCGAGGCGAAAGAGGCCGGCAUCCAAGCCGUGUGGCUGCAGCCGGGGACCUUCGAUGACGAGGUUAUCGAGUACGCGCGGAGGGAGUUCCGGGCGGCGAUUGGGGGCGAGGGAGGGGGUGGGGGCGAGGGGUGGUGCGUGCUUGUCGAUGGGGACGAGGGGCUGCGGGCUGCGGGGAGGGAGGAGGCGAGGCUGUGACGAGGGGUGCUGCACGAUGGCGGGAGCAAGGAGAAGAUUUCAGAUGGAGGUAGAAGGCGGGCAUGCCCUGGACUCUGAGGUGAGGGCCGCGUCACGUGGACUGGCCGGAGUGGACUCGGGCGGGGAAGUCGGCUUGUGGAUCAGAAUGAGGGGACUGCAGAUGCUCGGCGUGGCGUAUACAUAGGACAAUGGUGAUACAAGGCUGCAAGCCGUCCAUGACUGCGUCGGGGAAGCAUGCAGAGCUAAUUGCAUGGACCAGGCUAGCCAACGAGGCUAUGCGCUGCGCCUCGAUCUCUACACUUCACGACCAUGGUGACAAUUUCGU